AUGUCUGGUGUGGUCUUAAGCGACAUCGGCCCCUUCUUUUUGCCAUCUAGGCUGUCAGGUAUAUCUUACUUGCAUAUUUUGCAAAAUAAUCUUCAUGAACUGCUAGAAGAUAUUCCGCUAGUCAUUAGGCAAAGGCUGUGGUUAAUGCAUGACGUUGCUCCAGCUCACUUUUCUCAUAGUGUCACUGAUUAUUUAAAUGCAACUUAUGGAGACCGAUGGGUUGGUCGAAACGGACCUGUUAAAUGA